GCAGCCCGCCUGCCCUGCUGUGCCUCCUCGCUGUUCCUGGGACAAAGCCCUCCCCCCCACCUAGUGAAUGAGCCAUAAGACUUCCUCUACCUUCCGAGCGGAACACAGUUUCCACUCUUCCUCUUCUUCUUCAUCCUCCUCAUCCUCCUCAGCCUCCCACAACCCCCCGGCCCGGGACCUGCCCAUGGAGAAGGCCCUGAGCAUGUUUUCGGAGGAUUUCGGCAGCUUCAUGCGGCCCCACACUGAGCCUUUGGGCUUUCCAGCCUCUUCCACAACAGCCCGAUCUGGGGGCACUGGCAAUAUCAAGACCCUGGGAGACUCUUACCAGUUUGCGGUGGAUGUGAGCGACUUCUCCCCAGAAGACAUCAUUGUGACCACAUCCAACAACCAGAUCGAGGUUCGGGCUGAGAAGCUGGCCCCAGAUGGCACUGUCAUGAACACCUUCACCCACAAAUGCCAGCUUCCAGAAGAUGUGGACCCCACAUCCGUGACCUCGGCCCUGGGUGAUGACGGGAGCCUCACCAUCCGUGCCCGACGCCACCCACACCCGGAGCAUGUGCAGCAAACCUUCCGAACUGAGAUUAAAAUCUGAGUGGGCCACAGCCCGAAGCCUCCCUGGCCUGCCCAAGGAGAGUGUCUCCUCUACUUGCCCCCCACUAACAGGCCUGCUAGAAAAGCUCUUGUUUUCUCCUCACCCCCAACUCUUGCCUGGGGCUUGGAUGGAGUUCCAGGUUCCAUGUCUUGGAUCUUGGUUCCAGGAUCUCAAUUCCUAGCCUCUCAAUUGCCCAUCCCAACCCUAGUUCCAGCUCCCUCUCUGUGGCCCCUGGCGGGUCACCUCAGAAACCCAGGGCACCAGAUUUAAAUUGGGGUGGGAACUGCGGUCCUCUUUACCACCCCUAGGGCAAGUCUACCCUUGUACCCCGUGUAAGUUCUAGAUCAAUACAUUGGGACCUAUUCUUAGUUGGCUCUGGGUGCUAGAUCUGUACAGUUCAGAGAACCUCUCCCAAGAGGGUGUUCUCAACCCCUAGGGGAAGAAAUUUGUAGGGAAGAGAGAAUUUUAAAGAAAAGGCUUGGUUUCUGGAAAUGAGGCAAUGCUGAGACUAAUAGAAAAAGUGUUUAGAGCACCCUUAGGUUCCACCAUGUUCCCAGUUAUUUGGAAGAAACAGAAAUAGGAGUGAGGGGCCCCCUUAGUACUAGUGAAUAAACUAAGAUUCUUCCCCUUUUUCUUAGGAUUAGAAGUCAAAUAUGGAUCAAGACCCAUCCAAGGGAACUGGGGAACUCUUGGAAGGCUCUCUUCCCCCAUUUAAUCCCCUGAUAAAACCUUAAGGGAUUGUAUUUGCCCCAGCAUCCAAUGGAGUGCUAAGAAAAGGAAGAGGCAAGUAGUAGUGACCAUCAAUCAACAAGCAAUUAUAAUUAUCUAUUACAUCAUGCCCUUCUCCCAUCAACAGGGACCUGUGCCCUCAAAACAUCCUAGGUCAAUGAAAGAGCCUUGAACUUGAAGUCAGAAGACCUUAGUUCAAAUCCCAAAUCUGCUCUCAGUCACCUUGUGAGACCUUGACCAAGUCACCUAACCUCUCAAAGCCUCAGUUUCCUCAGUUGUAAGCCAAGUGGAUCAGACUAUCAUAUCCCUAAGGUUCCUUCCAACUCUAGAGCCCAUCCUUCUUUAGAGGGGAUCCCCAUUCUACAACCUGAUGAGCCAGCUGUGCCUUCUUCUGAGCCAUCCUUACAAUCCCCACAGCCUUCGCUGUGCUCCCUAGAUCCCAGACAGCCCCCUCCCCCUGGACAGCCCCCAACAGUAUUGUUCUGGAUCUCUGGGAGUCUGGAUCUCAUCCUGGCCAGAGGAAUAGAGAAGGAUGUGGGGAGAUCUCAGGACAUUGACCCACUCUUGAUGCUCUCUACCUGGCAGGUCCCAAUCCCAUUGUCUCCAGCCUCUCCCAAACUUCUCAGAAGGUUCCUGGCCAACUUCUAUAAACAUAGCUAGACAACAAAGUUCCCUUUGCUUUACCACCUAAUGAGCCUGUGGUGGGGGGAAGAGGAGAGACCAUGGAGAUGGCCACUGGCAGUCCACUUACUGCUGGCAAAGAAGAAGAAAAAGAAGAAGAAGAAUGUAUUAUUUUACAGCAGUCUACAAAGUGCUUUCCUCAUAAAAGUCCUAGGAGGUAGGUAGUUCAAGUAUUCCUCCCUCCAUUUUUUUCAAAGGAGAAAACUGAGGCUUUGAGUUGGGAUUUAUUCAAUGGUCAGUAAUUAUGGGAGCUGGAAUUCAAAGCUGAGCCUCUGGAUCCUUUUGUUCUAUACCAAACUCCAAGCUCAUCAUACAAUCUCCUCCCUCUUCCCUCAUUCCAACUCAAACUCUGGCUCCCUUGGCUCCCUCUCUCCUCCAGGCCUAGUCUAGUCCUAACACAGUUCCUACCCUAGCCACCAGCUAUGCCCUAGGGCAGGGGAAGCUGCCCAUCAAUGUCCUAUCUGUAUAUAGGGAUUUUUCUAACCUGGGUUGGUUCCUGAUAAAUUAUUUAUGACUCCUGCUGUCUACUGCC